UACACGCAAACGCAUAUGUUGAAAUGAUACAGAUUCACAAUGCUCGAUGAAUAUGGAUCUCUCGCCGGUAACUCCGUCUUCAACAACUGCCACCUCUUGGUUUUCCGGCAUUGUCCGCGGCCGUCCAGAGCGGUCCAAAAGCAUCAAAAUCGCCGCAAACUCGGCCGCUUCCGGUGACGCUGUCGGUCCGAUCCACCAGACGAACCAGAUUCAAGGAGUGAUGUUCAGGUACGGACCGAAGCCUAUUCAGGUUGCAUUUAGAACAGGAGAGUAUAAACGAGAAGUAAUUUUUAUUGGUGGACUAAAUGAAGGAUUUUCAGCAACUGAAUACUUGGAACCCCUGGCAAUUGCUUUACAGAAAGAAGAAUGGUCUCUAGUUCAGUUUCUGCUCUCAUCUUCUUACUAUGGAUACGGCAUCUCAAGCUUGCAACAAGAUGCCAUGGAACUUGACGAAUUGGUCCGUUACUUAAUAAACAAGGAGGACUCUGAGGGUGUGAUACUGCUUGGCCAUGGUAGUGGCUGUCAGGAUAUCAUACAUUACAUUCAAGCAAAUACUGCAUGUUCCAAGGCAGUGCGUGCUGCUAUCUUCCAGGCCCCAGUAAGUGAUCGCGAACACAGAGCAACUCUUCCUGAAACAGCUGCUAUGAUUGACUUAGCUUCACAAAUGAUAAGUGAAGGCCGGGCUCCGGAGUUAAUGCCAAGGGAAGCAAAUCCGGCUGCCCCAAUCACUGCCUCAAGAUAUCAGUCCCUCUGUGCAUACAAUGGGGAUGAUGACUUGUUUAGUUCAGAUCUCAAUGAUGAUCAGCUGAAAAGGAGACUUGGCCACAUGUGUACCACACUAUGCCAGGUCAUCUUUUCAAUGGCUGAUGAAUACGUGCCGGAUUGUGUUGACAAAGCAGCCUUAGUUGACAGAAUAUGCAGAGCAAUGGGCGGCGCCGAGAAAGUAGAGAUUGAAUGGGGAAACCAUUCCCUGUCCAACAGGGUGGAAGAAGCUGUGCAGGCAAUAAUGGAUUUCAUUAAAAGAGAGGGUCCUAAAGGCUGGGAUGAUCCUUGGACCUGAAUACGGUACCGUUUAUUCUUCUUCUUAUUAAUAUUAUUACUAUUAUUUCAUUGAAUUUAUCCAUAGUUUUCCUCGUGUUAUUCA